CCAAAAUUUAGUUAGGCUGCCGAUAUCUCUGUUUCCCUUUCAACGACUAUUUAUUUACUGUGGUCCACAUUGUUUUUGUUUAGUUUUUACCAAACUCACUUCGCUACGUUUUUGGUAUGGUUGUGUAAUUGUAUUUGUACCCCCGGGGGAAAAAAGAUAAGAGGUUUGGUUGGUCGAGCUUACUGACUUAAAAAAAUACACAUCCACCAAAAAUUAAAAUAAUGUAUUCCAUUUUUCCUCCUCUCUUUUGGUAUUAAAUAAAUCUCUUAUAAUUUCCCCAUUUGCUCUGUAUAUACAUAUGUCAAUAGAGUGCCUCUAUAGUCAUGUUUCCAUAGACACAUAUAAUAUCUCAACAUCCUCUUCAAAACUAAAGAAAACAAAAAAAAAUUCCGGAGAAACCAAGAAAACAAAAAAUGGGAAGUGAAGGAGGAGAGAAGAAGGCUUUAGGAUGGGCUGCAAGAGAUCCUUCUGGUGUUCUUGCUCCUUACUCCUACACUUUAAGGAGCACAGGAGCUGAUGAUGUGUAUAUAAAGGUUAUAUGCUGUGGAAUAUGCCAUACUGAUAUCCACCAGAUUAAAAAUGAUCUUGGAAUGUCUAAUUAUCCUAUGGUUCCUGGGCACGAGGUGGUAGGUGAGGUGGUGGAAGUGGGAUCAGAUGUGAGCAAGUUCACCGUAGGAGAUGUAGUCGGAGUCGGCGUGAUUGUCGGAUGCUGCGGAAGCUGCAAACCAUGCAGCUCAGAACUUGAGCAGUACUGUAACAAGAGAAUCUGGAGCUACAAUGAUGUCUACACCGAUGGAAAACCCACACAAGGUGGAUUCGCCGACACCAUGAUCGUCAAUCAAAAGUUUGUGGUGAAGAUUCCAGAAGGAAUGGCGGUGGAGCAGGCUGCACCGCUGCUAUGCGCGGGAGUAACGGUUUACAGUCCGUUAAGCCAUUUCGGUCUAAUGGCAAGCGGGCUUAAAGGAGGGAUUCUAGGGUUAGGUGGAGUAGGACACAUGGGUGUGAAGAUAGCUAAAGCAAUGGGACAUCAUGUGACUGUGAUAAGCUCAUCAGAUAAGAAAAAAGAAGAAGCAAUGGAACAUUUAGGAGCUGAUGACUAUGCGGUGAGCUCUGAUCCAGCAGAGAUGCAAAGACUCGCAGAUUCUCUUGACUAUAUCAUCGACACCGUACCUGUGUUUCACCCUCUCGAACCUUACUUAGCUUGUCUUAAACUCGAUGGGAAAUUGAUUCUCAUGGGUGUUAUCAACACUCCUCUUCAGUUCUUGACUCCUGUCGUCAUUCUUGGGAGGAAAGUGAUAUCGGGGAGCUUCAUAGGGAGCAUUAAAGAGACAGAAGAAGUGUUGGCUUUCUGCAAAGAGAAAGGGCUUACGUCGACCAUUGAAACUGUGAAGAUUGAUGAACUUAACACUGCGUUUGAGAGGCUUAGCAAGAACGAUGUUCGUUACAGAUUUGUCGUUGAUGUUGCUGGAAGUAACCUCGUGGAGGAGGCUGCAACAACUACAAGCUAAAGAGCGCACAUUGAUACGAAAUCUAAAAUAUUGUAACGGGCCUGGUAGGUCCAACGAAUGUUUUGUUGUGUCUUUUUUUCAAAUGGUUCAAAAACGAAUGCUUUGGUUUUUUAUCAAUGUGAAUUUUUCUGUUUGGUUGGGUUUGUCACAAAAUAAGAAAAAUGAUUUCAGAUUAUGAUU